AUGAUUAUAAAACUUUCGAAUGUUAAAUCAGAUCAAGAAUCGAUUUUCGAGUUGAUUGCUCAUCUCAAAAAUCUGAAUCUCCAACGAAAUCGUCAAAUCCAAGAGUUUCGUUUCGAUGGAGACCCGACUGUCGAGGAGUUGCUAAAUGUGUCAACUCCAAUUUCGUUUCGAAUCAAGCCAGAAAAAUAUGAAAUGGAUAAUAUUGAAUGGGGAAAUCUGGUGGCUCUGACAACGAUUGGCUAUAUGAAAAAAUUGAAUUUCAUGAAUAUAUUGGAACUCAAAGAUCGUGUUCUAGUAGUUCAGAACGCGUUUUCUGACUUCGAUAUGUUUUCACACGCAUUCAGAGCUUUGGAAGCGAAGAAGGCUGAAAUUUCCUAUCUCGGUAAUUCUGAAAUCUUUAUGAAAAUGGAACCUGUAAUUUACGAAAGUUUGGAGAAAAGUAUAAAAUGUAAACUUCCCGGGCGACUUGGCGAAUUGAAAAUUACAACUGAGGAGUUUCUACUUCUAGCAUCUAUAUUUUUCUGUAACCCAGCAAUCUCCAAGCUUUCCGAUUCCGGAAAAAUUACCAUAAUUUCUACACUUCGUGUUUGCUACAGUAUUACCUUAUCAGUUAUCAGAAUAAUGGCCCAUGCCGAUUUACGGGUUUACUAUUGCUUUAUCCAUCGAUCAAGAAAACUCAUGAAGAAAUUGGAUAUCAUUAUUUCCUGUGCAAAACUCGAAUCCGGACUUUGUCGUUCAAAAAGCUCUAUGAUCAUGAGAUGCUUCAACUUUAACUUGUUUUCUUUUAAUUAA